AUGGGAGACUAUGGCGAUGCGAUGAUGCGCAACCAAAACGCCGCCGUUCAGGCUCGUACCAAGGCUCAGAACCGCGCCAAUGUCUUGCAACUUAAAUUGAUUGGUCAGAGUCACCCAACUGGUUUAACAGCCAACCUGCUCAAAUUAUUUGAGCCUCGUCCACCUUUGGAAUACAAACCACCUCCUGAAAAGAGGAAAUGCCCACCAUAUACAGGUAUGGCACUCUUUGUUAGUAAAUUUGCUGAGCCGGGUGAUCCACAAUAUGCUGCUCCUGUGCAGAAAAGUGAAACCCCAGCAGAGCGACGAGCUAGGAUUCACCAGAUGCGUCUGGAGGAGGGAGCCAAAAAGGCCGCAGAGAAUCUUGAGAAAUAUGAUCCAAAUAAAGAUCCAAAUAUGACUGGAGACCCAUACAAAACAUUGUUUGUCUCUAGGCUUAAUUAUGAGACCACUGAAAGCAGAGUCAAAAGGGAGUUUGAGGCAUAUGGUCCUAUUAAGCGGGUUCGUUUGGUUACUGAUAAAGAGUCAAAUAAGCCAAGAGGCUAUGCUUUUAUUGAAUACGUGCAUACAAGGGAUAUGAAAGCUGCAUAUAAACAAGCAGAUGGUAAGAAGAUCGAUAAUAGGAGGGUGCUUGUGGAUGUUGAACGUGGUAGAACUGUUCCGAAUUGGCGUCCCCGCAGGCUUGGUGGUGGUCUUGGAACAUCUCGGGUUGGCAAUGAAGAAGUUAACCAGAAGCAGUUAGGGAGAGAGCAAGUUCAAUCUGGUGGAAUAUCUAGGUCAGAGGAGCCAAGGGUUGAACGAGAGAGGGACAGAGAAAAAUCUCGCGAACGGGGAAAAGAAAGAGACAGAGAACGUGAAAGGUCCCACGACAGGCCUCGGGACCGCGAUCACCGAGAUGACAGGCACCACAGGGACCGCGAUCGGACCAGAGACCGAGACCGCGACCGCGACCGUGGCCGUGACCGUGAUCGAGACCACGAGAGGGACCGCGGCCGUGACCGUGGCCGUGAUCGGGGCCACCAUCGUGAGAGGGAGAGAGAGAGAGACGGGAGAGAUUAUGAAAACGAAGCCCAUGACCACAAUUACGAUCGUGGCCGCUCUCGAGACCGUUCUCGUGAUAGGGACUAUGACUAUGAUGAAGAUCGUGGUGACUCGAAGCGUGCAAGGAUUGAGAGGGAGGGAGGGGACUAUGGUGAAAAGGCCGAGCAUGGGCAGUAUGACUAUUAUGGGAGAGGACAGUAUGAUGAUUACGACCAGUAUGAUGAGGAUGGUGGGUACGGUUUUGAGCGGGCUGAUGCUUCUGGUUUGCAGGAGAGGGACCAUGGGCGCUCGGAUAGGUCUCGUUCUCGUGAGUAUUGA